UGGUGCGUCGUGUGCGCUGCGAAGGAAAUGUGCAGCGCCUAUGGUCGAGAACCUAGCCACUGAGUGCGAGCGGUCGGCUGUCGUCCUAUCAACUUUGUCCAAUGGGGCGGGCAACAUGUCUGAUUCGCAAUCAUACACCAAUGCCUCUGGCCAGUCAGAGGCCCAGCAGGCAUUGGAAUACUUCUGGCCACGCGUCAUGGAGGAAACGAGGAACCUGGGUGUGAAUGAAUUCAAGAACCAGGAAUUGCCACUAGCCCGUAUAAAGAAGAUAAUGAAGCUAGACGAAGAUGUUAAGAUGAUCAGUGCUGAGGCACCAGUACUAUUUGCCAGGGCUGCUGAAAUCUUCAUCACCGAGCUCUCGCUCCGUGCCUGGGUUCACACGGAAGAUAACAAGAGACGCACAUUACAGAGGAAUGACAUUGCCAUGGCUAUCACCAAGUACGACCAGUUCGACUUCCUCAUUGACAUCGUGCCAAGGGACGAGCUCAAGCCAGCCACCAAACGGGCAGAAGAGACAGUGCGGACGACGACCAUGCCCGCCGACCAGGUCCAGUACUACUUCCAGUUAGCCCAACAACACCAAGCAGCCCUACAGCAACAGCAACAACAGCCCACAGCCACCCUAACGACAGCUGCACAGCCACAGAUUCAGAUAGUGCAGGCAUCUGGCACCAACCCACAGGCCCUGACAGUACAGAAUGCAACACCUUCUUUUUCAAUGCCCUCUGUGCUACAAGUGCAACAGGUUGGUGCCGCAGAGCAGCAGCAACAAGCGCAGCAACAACAGCAGCAGCAGAUACAGCUGCAGACCCAGCCGCAGGUGGUGCAGCUGCAGCAACCCGUGCAGACACAGCAGGUUGCGCAGCAGGGAGGCAUCCAGAUUGUGCAGCAAGUCAUCAACAGCAACGGGGAGAUACAGCAGAUUCCGAUCCAGCUGACACCUGCGCAACUGCAGUUGAUCCGGAUGCAGAUGCAAGGACAGAGCACGGGUCAGCCCAUCAUCAUCCAGACAGCACCCAUCCCCCAGGCGGCACCUCAGCCCCCACCGCAGCAGCCACAGACACUGUACCAGAUCCAGCAAGCUCCAGGACAGCCAGCCUCGGUAUUCCUGGCUCCAGCAGGGGCAGUGGCAGGCACACAACAAACCGUCCAGAUUCAGACGCAACAGGAGGCACAAGCCACCGAAGACGACGGCACGGACCAAUGACAACAGAGGGCCCGUGGCUGUUGAUCCCCCUUGUAAAAGCAUUGUUGUACAGACACCCGCUCCACCACCGCCAAAACUUGCCUUUUGUAGCACACCGUACUUGUCUUCUGGAAUAAAUGGGACAAGUGGCAUCAUCACCUUCACCACCUUGUAA